AUGCGCUCGCUCGUCGUGUGUCUCUUGCUCGCUGCCUGUGUCCUUGAAUGCACCGCCCGUCUCCAAAACAUCACUGUUAAGGGAGUCGCCGUGUGCAAUAAGAAGCGUCUUGCCAAUGUUCAAAUCCAACUCUACGAGAAGGAUACCCUUGACCCGGAUGAUCUUUUGACCACCAAGAACACCGAUGCCGAAGGAGAAUUCUCGGUUUACGGAGAGGAAGACGAAACCCACACCAUUGUUCCAUACCUUCUAGUCACCCACAACUGCAAUCCAUCCAAGCCAAACUGCGUCCGCAUCGGAAAGUACUUGGUUCCAGAGGACAAAAUCGGAGGAACCUACGACAUGACCUAUGUGACUCUUGACAUCAAGGUCCAUGGAGAGAAGGAAAAGUGCACUUGA